ACCUUUCGCUGUAACCCGGAUGGAUGACUUCACUGUUCCGCCCGGGUUUCCUUUAUGAUCCCGGGGUCUCCCACUUUUCUCAUCAGACCUCUCCGAGAAGAUAACUCGAGCGCACACACGAACACUCCACUCUGUCUUUGCAAGAAAUUCACAGCAGCAGCAGCAACAGCGGCGGCGGUGACAGUAACCUGAGAGGCACUGCAGCUGUACAUCCCACACUGUAACUGAACACUCAGUCACAGAAGAGCUUUAUAUUUCACAUAAGUUUUGGAGGACAGCAGAAGAAAGUACAAUUUAUCGUCGCUCAUCUGCCUCACAAAGCAAGAUUUGUAUUUCUCUGUCCGGCUGUCCAAACUUGUAGUGCCAUAAUGUCUGAGAUCAUGCCAUACAGCGAGGGAAAGAUGGCUGGCUACGGAACUGACAGUGAAAGUCAGAUUUCCUUCAGCUGUCGACUGCAAGACACCAAUACUUUCUUCGGGGGGUCGCAGCCCAAGAGACCACCUAAGCUGGGACAGAUCGGCAGAGCCAAGCGAGUGGUUAUUGAAGAUGACAGAAUAGACGACGUGCUGAAGGGAAUGACAGACAAGUCCUCGCCCGGCGUGUAAACGACACAAACUGACAACGCGUUAAUUUUUUUCCUAACCGAUUUGAAAGCAGUUUUGGCUGUGCAUGUGUUCGUGGAUUGUAAACAGAAAGAGAGACAAUACAAAAAAAGGCGGAUGAAAGAGGAAAACAAAGAGGAAAGAAGAGCGAAAGCGAAAGAGGGAUUGUUGGGGUUGCUGGCAAAUCUCCAAACCAACACAGAUUUCUUCAAACCAGCACUGCGCAGAAACAGUGAUCGGGGUGUCUGACCGGAGCGGCUCUGUCUUUUUGCCUCAGCCGAUGUGUUGCGAUGGAUGGACUUGCCAUUUCAGAACCACUGUCUUUUUCUUCCGAGAUGAGCUGUACAAAAAAAAAUGAAUAAACUGGAAGCUGAAACCAUUGUAACAACCAUUCCAUCGCUGUACAGUUAAUGAGCUUCAAGUUCAUUUCGAUACAUGCAUAACUAAGUAAGAUUCAUCAAAAUGCAAAGCCGCUUUCAAAGAGAGCUGUGCAUUUCAGCACCACCCGACUCAUGCAUUCCAGAGAGCGGCAUUUUUAACAUGUGUUGAAACUUCAGACAAGUUAGACGCCCGUCCAGUUCAGAUCUGUAUGUACCCUUUGAAAAAAACAUGCCGAGACUGUAUAUUACUACUUGGAGCUGUCCCGUUGAGUAAAUAAUAACUAUAUUGAAAAAUUAUUGAUUAAAUGAGUCUAAUGUAUACGCCAUGUAUUUGUUUAUUUAGCAGCCGUCUUUCCAGCAACAUAUUUUAUUGAACGCCAAUAAGGACUGCUGUCGUUUUUGUUACAAGAUGAAAUCCGAUGUACAGAAUUGAAUUUAUUAUUCGUAUUUUUUUUUCACGUUCCACCAUUAUAAACAUCACUAAAGCCCCAUUCUGUUCCAAAUCAAGAACUAUAGGAAUAUUUAUUUAAGAAAAACGCUAGCAGGAAUUUUAUAAAAUUAAUCAUUAAAAAGACAAACAAACAAACAAACAAAAACAACUGAUUUUGCACAAAGUUGCCCCCGUAAAAUCUCUUAAAUGAAUUUCCUAUCCUUGUGCCAACUUAGGUGCCAAUAUUCAUACCGCCGGCACGCUUCUUUUUAACAAAACUCAUGUUUGUAUUUUUAUAUCUUAAUAUUUAAAAAGUUAAAUGACAUGCCAAUCUAAGUCUUAUAAUCAAUUCAUCAACAGACUAUUGUAUUUGUGGUAAGGAUGUCGAGUCCGUCAGAAAUACAGUAGUAAUGGAUUCGUUGUCGUUGAACUCAUUCUAUAUCAGUAUUGAAAAUGUGAAAACAGACUUUUUGAAUGUGUUUCGGUUUUUGCACACAUCAAUGUGAAACUAUUAUUAUUAAAUCUUAUACUGUGACUUGAGCUUUGUUGAUGGAUUUGCUAGAUAUGACAGAACAAAUUGCACUGUUUACGAAUGUGUUUGAAUAACUCGCUGGUAUUGGACACAUUUUGUGGACAUUUAAAAGCUGUUGUUUUUUAUUUGAUUUCUUUUGUACUAUUCCUUUGAAGAAAAUAAAUAUAGAAGUGCAUAAAUAAAUAUACAAUGGUUCGCUGUGCAUGAAACCUUAAUAUUUUCAAAAAUAAAACAUCAUUUUAUGACUAUAAUGAAGCAAAAAAAAUGUCAUGACAUUCUGAGAAUGAUUCAUUGUAAAUUACAAUGCCAUUUUCACUGUAUUUGGUGAAUUAAUAAAUGGUGAAAUAAUAUUUCGAGGGCUGUAUUUAUUUUGCACACAUUAUGUUGCUCUAUGUCCCAUAACAAGGUGUGUGUGUGUGUGUGUGUGUGUGGUGGGGGGUAUCUUGGCACGUGCAUUCAUAUUUUUAACCCCCAAAGACUCUUUACAGUCUAUUGAAAUCCUAUAAACAAUGACCAUGUUAAAGCGACCCUAAUUGUUGAAGC